AAUCAAAUCAAAUUAUUCAGUAUUAUAGUGGAUUUGAGACAGAUAAGAAGCGUUAUAAAAAAAAUGUGACUCUACAAAAAUGUAGUAGUUUUUUUCGUUUGAAUUAUUUUAUUCUGCUAAAAAAAACAAGAUCAGUUUAGUGUUUGAAAAGUUAUUAAUUACGUGAGACGCGAGUUAUAAUUAUAAUUUUAGUAAAAAAAAUACCGGAAGAAAGUGGAUAAAACGAAAAUUUGCUAUUUAUAUAGAAAAAAUUGAAACGAUUUGCGAAACAGAGUCAUUCGUAUUUAUUAAAUAAUAAAGAUUUUUCUAAAGAAAAUCAAAAAAGUGUGCUGUUCAAUCAUUAAAAAGUUAUAUAAAAGUUGUAUUAUAAAUUUAUUCAAAAAAGUUAAUAAACUUAAGUGAACUUCGCAAAAAAAACACGUUAAAUAAAAUUAUUAUAAAAACUAUCAUCAGGUUCAUAAUCAAGAGAUCGUUUUCGUACCCGUCGAAGAGCCUCGAUAGCCCCUCUACCGGCCCUGCGUUUGAAUGACAAAGAAAUGUUGGCUAGUGAUUUCGAUGCAUACAGUUUGGCCAGUAAUCAAGCCUCUAUAACGAGUGUUAAUUCUUUGGCCAGUUUGUUGAGAGAAAAAAUGCAAGCUUUACCCACCAUGAUACGCAAAAAGAAACGUGAAACUAAAGAUUAUAAAAUUAAAAUCUUUGUGAUUUUAAUGUUUUUUAUGGUGAUAUUUUUGAUCGGUUUUGCUUAUGUCGGUUAUCAGCGUAAAAUCUUAACCUUCUCCUACUUCGAUAAAAUCAAAUUCAACUCGAAAGAUCGUGUUCUAAGAAUUCUCAAUCAUGACGAGGAAGAGGUUAUCUCAGGACAAUUGGGUAAAAUGAUUAAUAUGGAUACACAACCGUUUCAUUGUCUCGAAGAUAAACGUAAACAGGAUGGUAGUGUGUGUUUGGAAUGGCAUAACAUUGCCCGACUCUAUAUGAAUUUCCAUGAUAUGGAUGUAUUUCGUUGUUACACUUUCAAUUGGCAGGCACUAAAUGAGGCCAAUUUCCCCACCGAUUGUUAUGAGUUAAAGCGAAAUAAUGGUCUUUGGUUUGGUGGUGGCAUAACGCGUAAUAUGAAUUGGUCUUUGAGUGAGAGCGACUUUGAUUUUGCUCCCUUCUCGAGUGGUGAUGUAAAGGUACAUCAGUUUGGCAAUGGCAUAAAGAGAUAUUUUAUAAAUUCCAUUGGUGUAGCCAUACAAGUGAGUGAUAAUACGCCGCUGCAUAUAGCAGUUAAUAGAACAACAAAUGAAUUUUGUUUGAGAGCUAAAAAUGAUGAUUAUACUUUUGUUAAUAAAUUAUCGGAAUUGCCAGAGUUGAAUUAUAAAAUUUGCACCACAGAAGAUAUGAAAUCAUUGCAUAUGUUAAUGACUCAGCAGAGUUUAUGGGAUGGUUUGAAAGAAGCCGAUAUGAAGAUAUUACAUUCCUUGAUAGAAGAACCAGUUUGGCAAAUUCCUCAUCAACCAGCUGCGGGUUCAUUUAAUGAAACCACUAUAUAUAAUUAUUCCGAAGAUGUUAUAGGCAUGGGUUUUAUGCGUUUGGGUCAUAUAUUGAUUAAUGAAUUCUGGCAGGAGUAUAUAGGAGAUUUUACAGUGGAUCCCAGUAGAUUUCCUACUUUAAAGGAUACCAUUGAUGUUUUACAUCGUAGAGGUUUUAAAAUCGUUUUCAGUAUACAACCUUUCAUUAGUACUGACAGUGAUAAUUUCAAAGAGGCUGUACGCAAGAAGCUAUUGAUCUAUGAAAGACAUUCCGAGAGAAGCAUACCCGCCUUAACGCGCUACAAGAGUUGUUCUAGUGCUGGGGUUUUAGAUAUAACCAAUAAUGCUACGGUGGUGUGGUUGAAAGAGAAGCUGCAGAAAUUGAAACAGGAAUAUAAAGUGGAUAGUUUCUAUUUGGAUUUGGGUACUGGCUUUAAUUUGCCUCAUUACUAUCAAUGCCGUCAGACUUUGGAUAAUCCCGAUAUGUAUGCCAAAAUAUUUACCGAAAGUUUGGAGACUAUAGGUUUCAUAGGAGUCUCUACUGCCAGCACAGUUCCUAAGCCUCCUGCUUUCCUUAGUACACCACCCAUUAACUCUUCCUGGUCGGGCUUAAAUGAAGUUAUGUCCACGGUUUUAAGUUAUGGAGUCAUAGGUUAUCCUUUCGUUUUACCCGGUGCUAUAGGUGGAGAUUAUGGUUUAAAUAGAACCAUGUCUAAAAUGUUGUCUUAUUAUUCCUUGGGUCAACCUGCCUUACCCGAACAGGAUCUCUACAUACGUUGGCUACAACUUAUGACCUUUAUGCCUUCCAUGCAAUUUAAUCAUUUACCCUCCGAAUACAAAAGUGAUUAUAUGACCGAAAUCGCUAAAGAAUUGACUACCAUACGACAGAAAUAUGUUAUACCUUUAUUACUGAAAUAUUUAAGUGAAUCUAUGAAUGAGGGUUUACCUUUAGUAAGGCCUUUAUGGAUGUUGGAUCCUCACGACCCGGCCUGUUUGAGUAUAAGCGAUGAAUUCUCGGUAGGAGAAGAAAUGAUUGUGGCUCCUAUUCUGGAGCAAGAUAGUGAAGAAAGAGAAGUUUAUCUUCCUCAAGGCGUUUGGAAGGAUGGCAUUGAUGGCUCUUUACGCAAAGGCAGCCGUUGGAUACACAAUUAUAAAGUGGCCAAAGAGAAAAUAGCAUAUUUUAUAAAAAUGCCCGAUAAUACUAGAUUUUAGAAAUUGUGAUACACAAAUUUAUUUAAUACUAUAGUUUUAAGUAUUAUUAUUGUUUUUUUAAAAACAAGAUUUAUCAUUACAAAGAAUGUAUUUAUAGUUGUGUAAGCUGUUAAUAAGUAGUUAAUUAUUAUUUGUAAAAUAAUUAUAAAAUAUUGUUGAUUUAAUGAAUUAAAUAUGUAAGUGAAUAUAAAUUGA